AUGACCUACCUGCGUGUGUUCUACAGCUCAGCCGUAGGAGAGAUCGAAUUGGAGGAUGUAGGCUGGAGUGAGGUUGGCGAAGUUGCAAUUCACAGUCCAACUUUGUCGCUGUGUGGCAGAUGCUAUCAGCGACCCUUUUUGCCUCGAAUUGGUCCGUGUGGUCAUAUCUACUGUCUCGUCUGCAUUUGGGUUCGCAUUGCCUUCAAUCACGAUGAGCGUGUUGAAACCUGUCCCACCUGCGGCAGAUCUCUUAAAGUAACCGACCUCAAGAGAGUCAGCAUUUUCAAGUCGUACAUUCCGAAAGUUGGCGAUGUCAUGAAAUUCCGCUUAUUGCCAAAGGACACCAAAUGCGUGAAUUCGUACGUUUUGGACAUUUGGACUGCGAAAUAUUGUGCGCAUUUGGUGAAGACAAAGAGAAGAUCUUAUCGGUAUUUUAUUCGAAAAGAUAUCGCACUUAUGAAAAAGUACAUGUCAAAAUGGAAGGAUGCGAAGAAUAGCACGAUCACUCGUAUGGUGGCAGGGGAAAUUUUCGCCAGUCUUCUGCAAGAGCAGGAACGCCUUAACUACGGAGCCGAAAGCAUCGGCCCAUUUACCAAAAGAUAUAUCCUCCAUCUGCACUCCUACACUGUGUUCCUCCACGCCUUUAAUCGUGCGUGCCUCAGUCUAGCAUUCAAGAAGAUCGGGCUGCCCAAAAUGGUUUCUGGAAAAGUAAUUUUUAUUGAAUGUCAUACGAUGGAUUUGAAUAUCCGUGAAAUGAUUCCAGACCUACGUCACGUACCCCUUGGACACACCUUCUAUUUAGUAUUGUUGGAGUUUGAGGCGUCAACCUUUAGUGAUUUCCAUGAUUUGCAACCUAUUUUUGGGGGGAUGCUCCUCGACUUUGUUCGUCCAAGCUUCAACCUCAAGGUGGCCGUAGGGUCAAUUAUCAACAGUUUUGUGUCUCUAAACAUGAGACACACUUGCGUUUACUUCGUGGACGAGUUAUUCUCCAUCACUCCUGCGGAGCACCGAUCGUUUUAUAAGGACCAUGACGGUGAUAUUAAAAAUUUGGAGGAAUCUAAUAAUUGGCGGAGUAUUACUCUGCCCUCUGGUUCGAAGGCCUUUUUCGCAGAUUCGUUGUUGCGAAGGUACCUUCAAGAGGGUCUGUCUGACAGCCUCUGA